GAAUGUUAUCUGACAUUGUUGUCAGACGGCGGUGGCAGCGUGACAUGUGGCUCCUGUACAGGUGCGCGCGUUUCGGAUGCCCCCGUCCUCCCUCCAGAGCCUGGGCCCCGGGACUGUCCCAUAGACGGGCCGCGGCUCGGACGGCAUCAGACCAGGAGCCGAAAGGCGCCCUCAGCUUUUCUGAUGGGAAGGCGUUCAGGCUGAAGAGCGGAUGGGAGGUGGUACGGGGUCUCCUCAUAUUUAGGAUGUGUUCCGUGCCGAGUCUGGUGAGGAACUCCGAGAAGCUGAUGUCUGUGUCUCGAAGACUGCUGGGCCGCCGUCUCUUUGAAUGGGGGAUGAGAGGCUCGGUUUACGGUCAGUUCGUUGCUGGAGAGACUCUUCCUGAGAUCCAAGAGUGUGUCGGGAGACUCAGAAAGCUGGGCAUCCGGCCCAUGUUGGCAGUGCCCAUUGAGGAGGAUCUCGGAGAAAGCAAAAGCGGCGAACGCUGGUACGAGCAGAACGAGAAGGUCAUGAUGGAAUGCGUGGACCUCUCCUCUAGCGGCGGAGACCGGCCCAUGAUGCAGCUGAAGAUCACAGCUCUGAUGAGCGCUGACCUGUGUAAGCGUUUGUCUCUUUGCCUGGCCGACCCGUCGCUGGGAAAGCAGCUCAGCCUCCAAAGGCUUGUGGCGGUCAUGGAAGGGGAGGACUCUACGUUCCCCUUCCUGAGCGAGGAGCAGAACCUGCACUUGGAGAACUCGGUGCGGCGGCUGAGCCGGAUCGGGAAGCAUGCCCGCGCCAGCCGUGUGCGUGUUCUGGUGGAUGCCGAAUACACAUACAUGAACCCAGCACUUGGUUUGGUUACUAUGGUGAUGAUGGCCCAGUGCAACCAAUCAGAGCCCUGGAUUUGGAAUACUUACCAAUGUUACCUACAGGAGACCUUCUCAAAUCUCUCCCGGGAUCGGAAUACGGCGGGGGAUCUGGGUCUGUGUUUCGGGGUCAAGCUUGUGCGCGGCGCUUAUAUGGACAAAGAGCGCAAGCUGGCGAGAGAGAAGGGUUACGGCGACCCCGUCCAACCUGACUGGGAGGCCACCAAUAGAAGUUACCAGCAAUCUCUGGAUAAAAUGCUGGAUCUGAUUGGACAAGACGGGAAGCGGUAUAACAUCAUCAUAGCGAGUCACAACGAGGAAUCUGUCCUCCACGCCGUCAGCCGGGUGGCAGAACUUGGCAUCGACAAGCAGAGCGGGGCCGUGUGUUUUGGGCAGCUGCUGGGCAUGUGCGAUCACGUGUCCCUCACCCUCGGUCAGGCCGGGUACCUGGUUUAUAAGUCAAUUCCUUACGGUUCUGUCGGCUCGGUUCUGCCCUAUUUGGUCCGUAGGGCCCAGGAAAACCAAAGCGUCCUACAGGGGAUCAGGAAAGAGAGGGAUCUCCUACGCCGAGAACUUUGGAGGAGAUUACUUUGCCGGAAUUAGGACAAUCUCCAGUCUGCAUGUAAAAGCAGGGGAAGGCGGCAGGGAGACAGAAGACAUUAGAAAGAGACUCUCAUCAUUUUUUAUUCCUGGUAUCAGAUUAAAAAUAAUUUUUCAAAAA